AUGAACACCAUCGUCUUCAACAAGCUCAGCGGCGCGGUGCUUUUUGAGGACGGUGGAGCCCCGGAUCGGGGCAGCCGGCCCUACAGCGGGGUCCUGGACAGUUCGCACGCACGCCCUGAGGUGGGCAUUGCCGACAGUCCGCCUCUCAAGGACAACCUUGGCCUGAGACACCGGAGAACAGGGGCCCGGCAGAAUGGCGGGAAGGUGAGGCAUAAACGGCAAGCCCUGCAAGACAUGGCGCGACCCCUCAAGCAGUGGCUUUACAAGCAUCGAGACAACCCAUACCCCACCAAGACGGAGAAGAUACUCUUGGCCCUUGGCUCACAGAUGACACUCGUUCAGGUGUCCAAUUGGUUUGCUAAUGCAAGACGCCGGCUUAAGAAUACCGUUCGGCAGCCAGAUUUAAGCUGGGCUUUAAGAAUAAAAUUAUACAACAAGUACGUCCAAGGAAAUGCUGAGCGGCUUAGCGUGAGCAGCGAUGAUUCAUGUUCAGAAGAUGGAGAAAAUCCCCCAAGGAACCUUGUGAAUGAAGGGGCCUAUAACAAGCCAGUCCACCAUCCUGUGAUGAAAAGUGAGAGCUCCGUGAUCAAGACUGGAGUGAGACCAGGGUCAAGUGCAAGUGAGGACUAUGUGUCACCCCCGAAAUAUAAGAGCAGCUUGUUGAACCGCUACCUUAAUGACUCUUUAAGGCACGUCAUGGCCACCAAUGCUGCCAUGAUGGGGAAAACAAGGCAAAGGAACCAUUCGGGGUCAUUUAGUUCCAAUGAAUUUGAGGAAGAAUUGGUGUCUCCAUCAUCAUCAGAAACUGAAGGCAACUUUGUCUAUCGCAUGGACACUCUGGAAAACGGACCCAGUAAGGAUGAUAGUGCAGCUAAGAAAAAGGGGCAGAGCAAGGAUGACACAUACUGGAAGGAGAUCAACGCAGCCAUGGCCUUGACGAAUCUCGCCCAGGGGAAAGACAAGCUGCAGGGCACGGCCAGCUGCAUCAUCCAGAAGUCGUCGCACAUAGCAGAAGUAAAGACAGUCCGGGUGCCGCUUGUGCAGCCCUUCUAG